AUGGAUCCAGAGCGACGUCUUCCCGGUCACGGGAAGAUGGAAGUCACCGAAGCGAUGACAUCCACCUUCCGACUUCCACCCUUCAGACUUCCGUCUUCCCGCCGCACAAGGUGGAGCCCAGCCCCGCCGUCCCCAGUGUCGGGGGAAGGCGUGCUCCGUGUGGGGUUCCCACCCUCCUCUCCGGUCCGAUUCCCCUCCGUUGACUUUAUUCUCCUUGCUGGAAUUUUCAAAUCCAUUGGGAAAGCUGGACACCUCGGAUGCCUUGUUGACACCGGACGCCUCAGCACCGGAUCCGGACGUUUCGCGGCUUCUCAUCUUCCUCUGGCUGCUUUACCCCCUGGCCCAAAAACGAGCAUUGACAUUCGUGAGCAUGUGACUCUUCUGGAACGCUACGACGGGCUCCCAGAGGUAAGUCGCAGACGGGCCAUCGGCUUCAGUCAAUCAAUCGUGACUAUGAGAAUAGGGCAAGAGGGUCUGAAGGUCAUUGAAAAUAUGGCUAGAACGAAGGAAAAGGACAUGCAGAAGGUCGACAGGACAAAAAGGGUCAAGGGUCGAAUUUACAAAAAGGGGAUGAAGGGUGAAAAGGGGAUGGAUGGGAGGAAGUAUCAGACGGGACGAAAUCAACAAAAGGGACAAAAGCGCCAGAAGAGACAAAUGGGAAUGGAACGUGUGAAGGGGAUACUGGGAAUCAAUGACUCGGAAGAGGAGGAGAUUCAGAAGGGACAAAAGGAGGUGAUGCGGGAGAAGGCGAUGAUAGGUCAAAAGGGAAUGGAGGGUGGAAAGAAGAUGCAGGAUGAAAAGGGAAUGAAAGGUGAAAAGGGGAUGCAGGAUGAAAAGGGAAUGAAAGGUGAAAAGGGGAUGCAGGAUGAAAAGGGAAUGAAAGGUGAAAAGGGGAUGAAGGAUGAAAAGGGAAUGAAAGGUGAAAAGGGGAUGCAGGAUGAAAAGGGAAUGAAAGGUGACAAGGGGAUGCAAGAUGAAAAGGGAAUGAAAGGUGACAAGGGGAUGCAGGAUCAAAUGGGAAUGAAAGGUGACAAGGGGAUGCAGGAUGAAAAGGGAAUGAAAGGUGACAAGGGGAUGCAGGAUGAAAAGGGAAUGAAAGGUGACAAGGGGAUGCAGGAUGAAAAGGGAAUGGAGGGUGAAAGGGGGAUGAAGGGUGAAAAGGAAAUGAAGGGUGGAAAGGUUAUGAAAGGAGAAAAGGGAAUGAGUCAAAACGAGAAGCAGGGAAGUGCUGGGAUGAAGGGAACGACUGAGCAACAACAGAUAACAGGUCAAGAUGGUGAACAGGUGGAAAGGAGAGGAUCCGAGAGGGGCGGGUCAAAGCAUUAUAAGUAUAAAAAGAGAAAGAAAAGAGUAAAGGGCAUGAAAGGCAUGAAGGGGAUGCCGGGGAUGAAAGGAACGAAGGGCUCUCAGGGAAUUCCGGGACCAAUGGGACCAGCGGGACCAGCUGGACCAGCGGGGGUCAACGGGAUACCGGGAAUCCCUGGCACCUCCGGGAACUCCGGAUCGGGCUUCGGCCCUCUCCUGUUCAUUCUGGGACUUCUCAAGGACUGCAUCAUCCUCUAUUGCCUCUUCAAGUCCAACGUCGGAAAGGGCUACGACUCUUCCUCAUCCGGUGGGAUCCACGUGCCGCCCUCUCGGAUCGACAGACACUACUUGACGAGUGAGUCAACAAAUCGACUGGACGAGCCACACUACAUAGGUGUUCCAGUUCAUAGUCGACACGAAUAUUACUUCGUCGAUCCUUACGAUGAAGAGCCCCCGCAGCUUGCCUACACUGGAGCAAGGAGAAAGUUAAGGCAUUUUCAUCCACCACCUUAUACAUACACACAUUCGGGAGCGGAUCUCAUUAGCUCCUUUGGCACAGGCAUCGCCUUCUCGAAUUCUGGGGAAAGGAUCCGUUCAAAUCCACAACGAACGAAACACCAAAGGCCUCCAGGAAAAGUUAGCGUCGACGAUAGAGGAAGGCAGACCGUCGCGUUCACAGGCCCGAAGUCCCACCUCGGGCGAAGACCAUGCUCCGAUCCGCUCUCCUUCUCGUCUCUCCUCGCUCUGACCGUCGGGGAGCUGCCGUGCCCCGACCUCGAUGACUCCAUCUGCUCCUGCGACUACGAAGAAUCAGCCAAUUGGAUGUUUCUGAGCUGCGCGGAUCCCGACGUGACGACGGAGGACCUCUUUUCCGCCUUUCACGAUGUCUUCUGGCCCUAG